AACCAACCUCGUGUGAUCACGAGGUGUCAUUUUGCCACUUCGAAAGUUUGGUAUCGAGUGUGCCCAAAUUAUAUGCAACGGGUGCUUGCCAUCAUCAUCUGCGGUCAUCGUCGGCUUCGAGGAGACAGAUUAUUCGGACUGUCGACAGGUCGACGAAUACAAUUGACCUUCAAGAGGUGCAUACGUUCGCACAGUUGUUCGUCGGACUUCGACGAAGAGGUUUUCAACAUCAAGAUCUCAACGUAUAAUAAAAAUAAAAAUACGUGCAUAAAAAAAAGUUUCAAAGUUGGUAAUUUUGGUCAGCUAUUUAUAAUGACGGACAAGGACACCAGAAUACCAAGAGAAACACGAUGGCCAAGUGUUCUUUAUUAUUUGUACCUUCAUUUUUCUGCUUUGAUCGGACUUUACUUCGUAGUUUUCCAAUCUAAAUGGACUACUAUAUUUUAUACGAUUUGUCUUGUCUAUGUGUCUGUCCUCGGCUUAAGUGCUGGAGCUCAUCGAUUAUGGGCACAUUUAAGCUUUAAAGCCAGUACCGUGCUCAGAGGUUUCUUGGCUUUUGCACAGGCCUUAAUAUGUCAAGGAUCACUUUACGACUGGGUGUUAGAACACCGAUUACAUCAUGCACAUUUUGGUACAGAAAAAGAUCCUUUUAACCCACACCGAGGCUUUUUCUAUGCAUAUUUUACAAACAAAUUGGUAACAAGUCAUCCUGACCAUGAAAAAUUGUUAAAAACUAUCGAUGUCAAAGAUCUGGAGCAAGAUCCUAUUGUAAUGUGGCAAAAAAGACUUUACUGGUUGUUGGCUCCAUUGUUGGUGAUGUUCACCGUGUUCUUGCCAUCUGAGCUCUGGGACGAGUCACUUAUGUCUUCAAUUUUUAUAGUUGGAUUCCUCAGAGUUACAGUAUCGUUACAUUACAGCUGGAUUUUAAAUGCGGCUACGAUAAUUUGGGGAUUAGAACCACUUAACAAGUAUUCCAUUCAAACAAAUCUAGUAUUUGUCAUAAACAAAAGCCUGUGGCCUCAAUACCAUUAUACGUUACCGUGGGACUAUCAAUGUGGUGAAUACGGAAAUUAUAAUCAUGGGUGCAUUACGGCUCACAUAAGAGUAUGGGCUGCAUUACGAUUAGUGACUAACCUGAGGACAAUAGAUACCGAUGGAAUGAGAAAAGCUAUGAUUGAGGCGGCCAGCACAGGACAAGAAUUCAAUCAAUGUGCAGAAAAAUAUGCGUUUGAUCCAAAUCUUCUUAAAAUAAAAUGUGAAUUAGAUUUAGAAAGGAUACCUUCUUGAUUACAAUUAAUAUAUAUAUACAUUAUACAUAUUAUUAUACUUUAUAAUUUGUACAUCUAUACUCCAUAUUAUCACAAAAAAGUAAUAAUUGAAUUAUGCGUUUUUGUUGGUUAAGAAAAUUGUACUUUCUUGGGCACUAGGCUAUUUACUACCAUUGAUUUAUAAUAACUCUAACUUCUAAGCGCAGAUGAUCCAUUGUUAAUAAAAGUGAAGUGAAUAAUAAUUAUAAUAUAUAAAUUAUAAUCGAUGGCAAUAAAUAGGUUGGUACUAACCUAUGUGAUUAUGAACAAAAAAACAUUUUUUUUUUCUAAAGUUAGGUAGUUAUUAUGAUAAAUAAUGUAUUUUACUAAUAUUGUGUAAGCCAUAGCCUGAGGGCAAAGUAUUUUUUAUUAACAUAAAUGAAAAAAUAUAUUCAAUAUA